ACCGACCCUGUGCCACUUGUGUUGGGGCUGAUGCGUGCUCCCAUCUCUUCCUUCUUCUUCUUCUUCUUCUUCUUCUUCUUGUUUUGCGGAUCUCUCCUCACAUAUCCUCACUCACCAUGGCUGCUGCUUGCGGAGUUGUUGCUUCGUAGCCGGGAUUCGCACGCACUACCUGGGAGAAGGGGUUUUUUAAUUUUUUAUUUUUACAGUGGCCAGUUUUGGAUGUGAUAUUGGAUUUAUUGGAAUUUUGUUGUGGUUGUGAGGAGAGGAGCAUAAUCCGUGAGGGAGAGAUAAUAUUAGUCGUCAUUGUACUUAAUUCUUCGGAAAGAAGUGAGGGUCAGGUUUGAGGGUCAAUAUCCAAGUGUUUUGGCUGGUGGUGACAGAAGUUUUUUUAACGAGGAUGGUGGAGAGGUUGGGUGAAUUUGGGGAGCAUUGAUGUGUGCUCUGAAGUAGGGAGGUGAUUGCGAGCAGAGUGAGGAGUUUUUUUGUGGGUUUUGAGGAGAGGUCGUCAUGGCGACAGCAACGGGCAUCGAAUUUUCUUCUUCAUUGUCCUGUGUGCUUCAAUCUUGUGCAACGUACAGCUGCGUGGCUGGAAUCCUCGGCGUCAGCCCCGCUGCGAAACAGUCUUUCACUGGGGGGUUUCGAGCGCGCAGGGCGUUCGUGCCGCCUCGACUGGGAUUCAAGCAUGGAUUGGGACAGGGAUUAGGUGCAGGGAAUACAUUUGGAAGCGGAGGCAGGGGCACAGGUGGGAAGUUCGUGUAUGAACUUGUGUACUCUUCGUCUUCCGGGCACAAUGGGUCUAUUAGGGCGCAGGUGACAAACAACAGCAGUGACCCGACCGUUCCGAAGGAGAUGUCGGUCACCGAAAAGCUUGUUAGCCUUCCGGGCGCUAUCUGGAAACAAAUUUUGGGGCCCUUGAGCAACUUUGGGUUUGGGAAACGCAGUUUGUGGGAAGGAGGUGUGGGACUUUUCAUCAUGUCUGGUGUGCUUCUGUUGGCAAUCACGCUCGUUUGGGUGAAGGGCAAACAAAUCCGCGCUCAAACUCGCAAGUACGAAGCCGUGUUUGAAUUCCAGCUGGCGCAGGGCAUUACUGUAGGUACCCCAGUACGAAUUCGUGGAGUGGAUGUGGGAAAUGUUGUCCAGGUGCGACCCAGCCUCGAGAAAAUUGAUGUGGUGGUGGAGCUCUCGGACGCGGGAAUUGUUGUGCCUCGUAAUGCAUUGGUAGAGGUAAAUCAAAGUGGUCUCAUUAGUGAGACGCUGAUCGACGUAACCCCGCGAAGGCCAAUCCCCAAGCCUACCGUAGGACCCCUUGACCCUAAGUGCCCCUCGGAGGGGCUUAUAGUGUGCGACAGGGAAAGGAUAAAGGGGGAACAGGGCGUGAGCUUGGAUGAGCUGGUCGGUAUUUGCACCAAGAUUGCUCGUCAAAUUGAUGGUCUUGGAGUCGAGCGAAUGGCAAGCAUGGCUGAGCGUCUCGGCGACGCCGUCCAAGAGGCACGACCGCUGCUUCUGAAGGUUCAGUCCAUGGCAGAAGACGUUGAGCCAUUGCUGAAAGAAGUAAGGGAGGGUGGACUUCUAAAGGACUUCGAAAAGCUGACAAAGGUUGCUGCGGAGGCAGGACGCGACUUGAGUAAUCUGAAUAAAGUGGUGCUGACUUCGGAUAACACGGAAUUGCUGCGAGAUUCCGUGUCCACAUUGACCAAAACCUUAAAACAUGUUGAGAGCAUCAGCAAAGAUGUCAGUGGGGUGACUGGGGAUGCUAAAACGAGGAACAAUUUGAGGCAGCUGAUCGAGUCACUAAGCCGGCUUGUUACUGACUAGUUAGGAGGAGACAUGUAAACUCUAGGAUUCAACACUCCAUUCUUGAACCUUUAUGUUGGUCACACGAAAUUAUACCAGAUUGGGUGAGGGAUGUUUGUGACUGACUCGCGGUCUCUUGUAAGUACAACGAUGACCAGAUAUUUUGGUCACAUCAAUAUGACCUGCAAGCUUUUGCAGGAUUGUAGCAAUAGGUCUGGUACUUUCAGUUGGUGCUCUUUCUGCAACUGUUAGAGAACUUGGUUGUUCUGUUGCCAAGGGCACGUAGAAAUCUACAGCAUGCCCUGUUUUCUGAGUUUUUGACCCAGGAUGUUUCUUUGAAGUGCGCAGCUCUGUGUAGAAAUAUAAGGCAUUGCAAAGGUCAGGUGCUGUUGAUGGACAGCAUGCUUGCUGAAGUGGAUGUUUUCCUAAUUCGGCUCUAAUAUGCUCGUUCAUUCCGACCUCAGUUUAUGUGGCGACUGUAACCAACAUAAACACUACCUUUGUCACUUUUUAAUAUUAGCUAAUGUUGACUUCA